GCCUAUGGGGGACAUUUUCAUUCAAACCACCACAGACCUGUUGUCCCAGCAGUCAUGUAUGGCAGCCCAUGGGUUUGUCCCCAGAGGGAUGUUCAGGGACAGGGUUUCCACUGUGGAGGUGGAAUCUGGCCCACCCAGCCAUCACUGGCCCACCACUAGGAGGAAUAACAAUUCUAGGCACAUCAACCCCUCACUGUACAUGGUCAUUUUGGUCACAGCCCACAGGUCCAGGUCCUGCAUCUCCCAGACUACCUUCUCUGUGCUUCUGAGCUGGAACCUCUGCUUAGGGGACUAUAACAGGCCUGUUCUCUUCCCUCCUACCCAACAACCACAACUUGUUGCAAAUAAAACCUAACAAACAUUUAGAUAAAGAUUAAAAGCUUGUUCCAAAGUCCCUAAGGUGUUGGGGGGAGAUGCUGUUGUCAGCUCCAGCCUUCUCCAUAAACCAGGCAGAGUGCACACCCCAGGGGGGCAGCCCCACAGGGUCUGUGCCCCGGGCCAAUUUUCCACAUCAGAGAUGUCCCUAGCCUGCCUUCCUUCAUGGACCUGAGUGUCUGCUUGCCAGACCAACCUCAGUAGCUACAGAUGUAGAGAUUGGGGGUUGGGGGCGGGAGUGCUCACCUGGAUACCUCCUGGGGCCUCCCCAGGUCAAGGAAACCCUGGGAGCAAUCCUCUGUCCCCACUGUCUGCCAAGUCCGUCGCUCUCUGCCUCUGCUACCUUUGGGAUGGGGGUUUUGAGAGCCGAAACUGGGGGAGGGGCUGAGCCAGUAAGGUAAAGUGUACGCCCUGUAUGCCAUAUACCGCGGAGAGGCCUGGGCAGCAGACCAUGCAGGACUACAACCCAGCUCUGGCAGGAAAGCCUCCACGUGGCCAGACCCGGCGCAGCGUCAGCCAGGCCACACAAGGGCCCAUUCACUGCAGGCAAGCAGCAGCUCCAGCAUCUCUGGCUGCCCCAGGCCCCGCCCAGGGCAGAGCGCGUGCGCGGGAAGGACCCAGGCCCCAGCGGCUGAUGAGUGCCUGGGUGAGCCCUGCUAGAGCCUGCUGUAGAAAAAAUACCACUGAGAUGGAUGAACAGCCAUGUCUUGGAAACAAAUGAGAAGGCCCAAGGGUUCAGUAUCCUGCCACAAUGGAGGAUUGUUCUACAUCUAUGUCACCCCCUCCGAGGCUCAGGGACUCUUGUGGAAGAGGCUGGCAGAAAGAAUGUAUACUCCUCUUCUACAACUUCAGCUCUGUCCUUCUCAAAGACCUCCAAGAUAGCAGCAGUCCAUGCCCCAGAGGCCCCUUUGCAGGGCUCUGUCCAGGCCCAUGCUAGGAACUUCGCAGGGUUAGCAGGCUUCCCAAAGGAGUCUCCAACUUGUGGCCCAUAAGGGACUCUGAACAUCUUACUGUCCCCUGAGCUGGAGGAAUGGAGUCUCAGAGUCCCCACUGAUUCUACAAGAUGCUUGCUGAUCUGAAAACACCUCUCAAGACCGCUGAUGACAAGAGAAGCAGAGCUUGUAACUUCACUGCCCAGGCCCAGGGCAAACUGCCCAUAAUGCUGAGUCUUCUGGAGGCAUCAGACCAAGCCAGCUGGGCCUUCCAGUCUCAAUGAAGGCACUCCCCCUCGAGGAUGGCAGGGCACCCAGAAUACAGUGGCCCACAGAAGAGAGCAGGGCCCGUUAUACAGGACCACUGUAUCCUCAAGCACAAUAUCAGACUUCUCUUUACUCACUUCAGAACCUGAGGUUCUGGGCAAUCUUAAAGAACUCAAGAACAUGCCCCAAACCUGAGAGCACUGGUUAAAUUCAUGCUAAUGCUUAUGGGACCAUUUAUCUCCAGGCUAGCCUUACAAGGCAGGUACCAUGUCCUACAGAGGUACAUGGGAGCAAAGUAUCUGACCACAAUCACAGUGGGUCAUCGUUGGGGAUGGGGGACAGAAGGAGGGUUGGACCUGAGGUCAACCCAGGACCUCUGCCUCCAUAAGAAAAAAAGUGCGUGUUGACAGCCUUCCCUUAGGACUGUACACAAAAUAGGCAUGUGUUUGCUCACACAAGAAUGUAUACACUUCAGCGUGGCCCAGCCAGAACAGGCUCUACAAAGCAGAUAGCCAGCAUCUAGGUAGUUGAAGAUCUGCUGCAUUUUACUUCAGAAACUUCAUAGCUAAAGAGCUGCAAGGCAUGAACACUCAGUUCCUCCGGGAGGCCCACACAACCGUAACUACUUGUGAGCCUCUGAUUACAGUAUAACUCGGUGGAUUAGCUCACUGGAUUUAGCCGCUCAGGUAACACUCACUUGAUGGGGAAAACCAUGACUCAGCUAUCUUUGGGGUAAAUAAUUUAACAGCAAGCCCAGUGGAGUGUUUCCCACAGGUCAGCCUCAGCGCCACCUGCCAACCUUGCUUUCCACCUGCUAACAGAAGCCAGAGCUUGUCGGGGUCCAGCCCACCAGCAGGAUACAGCCAGUCCCUGGAUAUCACAGAGCCUACAGAGCCAGCAAGGUACCCAAGGUAGGCCUGAAGGCCUGGUGUGCCAAGAUGGAUGCCUCCCCUGAGUCCCAACAGAAGAGUGGGGCACUGGUACUGGUUCGACGGCAGCCCCCCGUGACCCAGAGCUUACUGGGGAGACUGAAGGCCAGGCUGAAACAGAGCUGCACUUGCAGUGUGCCAUGUGCACAAGCACUGGUGCAGGAUCUGUUUCCUGCCGUGCACUGGCUGCGCCAGUACCGCCCACGGGAGUACCUGGCUGGUGACAUCAUGUCUGGAUUGGUUAUUGGCAUCAUUCUGGUGCCACAGGCCAUCGCCUAUUCACUGCUUGCCGGGCUGCAGCCCAUCUAUAGCCUCUACACCUCGUUCUUUGCCAACCUCAUCUACUUCCUCAUGGGCACCUCACGCCAUGUCAACGUGGGCAUCUUCAGCCUACUGUGCCUCAUGGUGGGUCAGGUGGUGGACCGAGAGCUCCAGAUGGCUGGCUUUGACCCCUCCCAGGAUGCUCUGGGGCCCAGAGACAAUGAUAGCACCCUCAACAACUCAGCUACCACACUGGCGCUCGGGCUACAAGACUGCGGGAAGGACUGCCAUGCCAUCCGCACUGCCACUGCCCUAACACUGGUGGCUGGAUUUUACCAGGUCCUCAUGGGUGUCUUCCAGCUGGGCUUUGUGUCCACCUACCUCUCACAACCUCUACUUGAUGGCUUUGCCAUGGGAGCCUCUGUGACCAUCUUGACCUCACAGGUUAAGCACCUGCUGGGUGUGAAGAUUCCUCGGCACCAGGGCCUAGGGAUGGUGAUUCGCACAUGGCUGAGCUUGCUGCAGUCUGUGGGACAGGCCAAUGUGUGCGAUGUGGUCACUAGCACUGUAGGCUUGGCAGUGCUGCUGGCUGCUAAGGAGCUCUCAGACCGCUACCGACACCGUCUAAAGGUGCCAGUGCCCACAGAGCUGCUGGUCAUCGUGGUGGCCACACUUGUGUCCCACUUUGGGCAGCUCCAUACACGCUUUGGCUCAAGUGUGGCUGGCAACAUUUCCACUGGCUUUGUGGCCCCACGGGUACCAGACCCUACAUUAAUGUGGCGUGUGGCACUGGAUGCUGUGUCCCUGGCUCUCGUGGGCUCAGCCUUCUCCAUCUCAUUGGCGGAGAUGUUCGCCCGAAGUCAUGGCUACUCUGUUCGUGCCAACCAGGAGCUGCUGGCUGUAGGCUGCUGCAACGUGCUGCCUGCCUUCUUCCACUGUUUCGCCACUAGCGCUGCUCUGUCUAAAACCCUGGUGAAGAUAACUACAGGCUGCCAGACUCAGCUAUCCAGCGUGGUUAGUGCUGCUGUGGUGCUGCUGGUACUGCUGGUACUGGCUCCGCUGUUCCACGACCUGCAGAGAUGUGUGCUGGCCUGCAUCAUUGUGGUCAGCCUGCGGGGGGCACUGCGCAAGGUGAAGGACCUCCCACAGCUUUGGCGGCUGAGCCCUGCUGAUGCACUGGUCUGGGUAGCCACUGCAGCCACCUGUAUACUGGUCAGCACCGAGGCCGGGCUGUUAGCUGGGGUGGUCUUCUCACUGCUCAGCCUGGCAGGUCGCACACAGCGCCCACGGGCUGCCCUGCUUGCUCGCAUAGGAGACUCCAACUUCUAUGAGGAUGCUACUGAGUUUGAGGGCCUUCUGCCCCCACCUGAGGUGCGGGUAUUCCGUUUCACAGGGCCACUCUACUAUGCCAACAAGGACUUCUUCCUCCGGUCACUCUACAGCCUUACGGGGCUGGAUGCAGGACGCUCAGCAGCCAGGAAGAGGGAGCAGAACCCAGAGGCAGGUAUUAAUGACAAAAAUCUUGUUGAUGGCAAGGAUCUAGGUUCAGCAAGCAGCAGGGCCAGGCUGAUGGUACCCCCAGCAUUCGGUUUCCACACAGUGGUCAUUGACUGCUCACCUCUGUUGUUCCUGGAUGUGACUGGCAUGGCCACACUACGGGACCUGCGCAGAGACUAUGGGGCCCUGGGCAUCACCCUGCUUCUGGCCUGCUGUAGCCCCUCAGUGAGAGACACACUGAGGAGAGGGGGUUUCCUUGGGGAAGACCAGGGGGCUGAGGAUGAGCAGCUGUUUCCCAGUGUGCACAAUGCUGUGGAGGCUGCACAUGCCCUCCGUGAGGAUCUCAUAGCUGCUGACUCUGCCCUCUAGCAGGGACAGGGCCUGCUUACCAGCUUCCUCCCAAAGCCAAGACCCAUGUCCAUGAGCAGGCACUGAGCUCCUUCCUAGGAUUUAUACAAAGGAUGGAGUUCUUAUAGAGACAAACCCUUGGGUCACCUCUGCCCUGGAGAAGCCAGGGAACUCCAACUAGGAAAGGAAAGGGUGGCACCCUUGGCAUACUCAAGGACCCCAAACAUUCAGUGAUUGAGACCCUCUAGAGACCCAUGCUGCCCCCUGGUGUCCACUCAGCCCUGGUAGCUGCACACAAGGUCCCUCAGCCUAGGCAGCACCCAGGCUAACACUGUUAUAAUCUUAUCUGAAUAGAGUCUUGCAAAUUA